CGCAACAACGUUUUCUCAUAAAUAUGCACACUGAUUUAUUGCACACAACAGCUAGAAUCUCAUCAUUGAUUAAGAGGGUAUUGAUAUUAGCUCAAUGGCCACAAACUACACGAAUACAGAUGCAAUGGCCCAGCACUUUGUGCAAUGCCAACUUUGCCCAGAAAACUCCCAGUUCUACUGUAAACCAUGUGAGGUUAGACUCUGCGAAGGCUGUGUAGGGAUUCACCUCCAGAAGAAAUCACCAGAAGCUCAUCAAUUCAUCCAUUAUCACAAGUUAUGGAAAAACCGGAAGUUGAUGUCCGAACCGGAAGUUGUAUCAAUAGUCACGUGUCCUUAUACCAAUAUGCUGGAUAUCGCGCGGUGGGGGGAAAGCAAAAUUUACGUGUGUAGUACUCUAAGCCGUCACAUUCACAAGUUCGACUUCCGUAAAAAUGAAGGGGUUGACAAUUCGCUAGCUCCGGGAUGGCCGCGUCGCCUAGCAACGUUUGGUGAAGAUAUCAUAUUCACGGAAAGAAAUGAAAAUGACGUGAAAAUCCUCACCAAAAAUGGCGAAUUUAAAACAUUGUUCAGCACCGCUGAUUGGAGCGCUCGUGGUAUCGGAUGCACAGCAUCCGGGCACAUCAUGUUGGGUUUACAGAAACUGAAGACGGGUAAAGUCGCCAUAUUUGACAAAGCAGGCAAGGUGCUGAAAGAAAUUGUUCACGACAAGCAAGGAAAAGCAUUGUACUCAAACCCUUAUUACGUCGUAGAAAACAAGAACGGCGACUUUUGCGCGACAGACAUCGUAUUGUCUGCUGUUGUUGUUGUUGAUAGCGAAGGGGGGUUCAAGUUCACCUACACUGGUAAUCCAUCUGUUGACGGUAGAUUUGAUCCACACGGCAUCGCUGCAGAUAGUCUGUCCAAUUUAGUCAUUGCUGAUUGGCUAACUCGUCAGCUACACCUUAUCGACGAAAACGGUCACUUCCUGCGUUAUUUUGACUUCUUUCCCAAUAAGUUUAUGUCCGAGAGUCCCACUGGUUUAUGCAUUGAUUCCCAGGAUCUGCUAUUUCUCUGUGGUUAUGAUAGUGACAAAGUUAAAGUUAUGAAAUAUCUCCAUUAAUCGUCUACUGGUAUUAUUAUAAAUAUCUAUUGUUCGGGGUCGCCUUAUGUUCGCGAUUUCCUUGUCUCCGUAUUUACGAAUUUACAAUAAAGUAUAUAUUAUUAUAAUUUUAUUAUGAAAAUAAAAACCCGCCGAGUAUGCAAGCUUGCAAUCAGUGCCAUGCUGUUCAUAUUAACGAAACAGCCAAAUAUCAUUUUUUUUUUGUUAUUAAUUUUAACCGAGCGCUAUUUUUCACGACCAUUUCUCACAACAGGCAGAUAGCCUCGUAUUAUUAUUUUCAUUUGAAAAAAAACUGAGAAAAAAAAAUGAAAAAAAAAUCGACUUGGCCGAGUAAAAAACCCGUAAUAUACAUGUACAUUAAUUUUCGACAAAUUAAAAACUCCGAAAAUAUGAUAUGUCAAACAUAUUAGAGUCAGAAAGUAAAAAGAAGUGGUAAAAAAAUCCCUUCAAGAGCAUUAUUUUUAAAAGUCGGUGCCUGAUAUAUUUUUUAGACUUGUUAAAUCUAAAGAAUACAUGUAUCAGUUUUUAAAAAUUGCAUCCUGCUGAGUACAAUUUUAAUCCACAGCCCGCUUCAUUAUUAUACGUGUACAAAAAUUGAAAAAACAUAUUUUGUAGACUUACUUUAAGUUAUUAUAUCGAUUAAAGGUGUAUAA